CUGUAGUAUAACCUCAAAAAUAAAACAACAUACCUCUGUCAAAAAACCCUUAACAAACCGUUUUCCUAAUUGCAAAAAAGAAAAACACAAAUAUUUAUUAAUAAAUACACAUUGGCUAAUCUUAUUAUGGAAGACUCAUUAAAUACCAAAAAGCAAUGCCUUGUUUUAAGUGUGAUAGAUUUUCUUCAAGACGAAUUAGUUAAAGGCAGUUUAAACGACGAACACAAAGAAUCCAUUGAAGUAGCAAUUCAGUGCCUUGAAUCGGCUUUCGAGUUAGAUAAUGUUAGGGAAAAAUUAGAGAAUGAUAAAGUUGACUUGUUAUCGCUUGUAAAUGUUAAACCAAAGGUUGAAGUUAGUGAAGAGCAAAGGGCCAUAGCUGAGGAAUCUAAAAACUUGGGUAAUACACACAUGAAAAAUGCUUCCUAUGUUGAGGCUGUUGAGGAGUACACUAAGGCUAUCGAAUUAAAUCCAAACAAUGCAGUUUAUUUUUGUAAUAGAGCUGCUGCAUACAGUCGGUUAGAAAAACAUUUAGAGGCCAUUAUUGAUAGUCAGGAAGCUAUUCGUUUAGACCCCACUUAUGGAAAGGCCUAUGGUAGACUAGGGAUUGCAUAUUCAAACUUAAACAAAUACGAGGACGCUAGAAAAGCCUAUUUAACUGCCCUUAAGUAUGAUCCUGGUAACUCCAUGUAUGAGACUAAUUUAAAACUUGCUGAGGAGAGGUUAUAUGCUAACAUGGAAAGUGCAGCUCCACCAGAACACAGACCUUUGGACAUAGGACAAUUCAUUAAUAACCCUAAUCUUUUGAACAUGGCUACACAAAUGCUUAGUGAUCCCAAUUUUAGAGAUAUAAUGUCUGGUAUUAUGAACAUGGGUAAUUCCGGUGAACCUGGUUUUGAUGCCCUUAUGCAAGUAGGACAAACUUUAGCUACAAGGAUGCAAGAGGAAGACCCAUCUUUUGUGGACAACUUUAGAAGACAAGUGAACCAGAAUGCGCCAACUUCUGACACCAAACCCCCAGAAAACAACCAAAAUGACAAAAAAACAGAGUAAUUCAAUCUAAAAUUAAAAUUAAGUACAUAGAUUUAUCAAAUUUGUAAGAAUAAUUCAUUAUUUUCUAUUUAAAAAUAAACAAGUAUGGGCUAAAAGUCCAUUUAAUUGAAUUAUUUUAAUAUUAGGGAAUAUUCAGGUUAAUUCAGUUGUGCUCUACAAUAAAAAAAAAUUUGUUUGGGUUUGUUGUUUUUUUUAUUUUGGUGACUUGUUUGCUUUAGAUUUCAUAUGUAUAAGGUUUGACCCCCUAGCAUUUUGUUUUUUAUUUUAUUAUACUACUACAUAUUUUUUUAUCAAUGUUGAUGUAUUUAAAAUUGUGUAAAUA